GGGGUCACGAAGAGUCGGACAUAACUUAACAUUUGAAGAAACUGAACCCAUUUUGCAAAGCAAAGUGUGAUUUCUUGCAUCUGAAACCUGAUGGUUCCAUUAAAAAAAAGGAAUUAUGACCAGCAGAGGCUUUGGAGUGCAUUAACAAACAAAAAUCUCUACUAGCCAGAAGAGGUCACUAUAAACACGUUGAUGUCGUUUGUAUCAAAAAUAAAAACAAUUAUCUUUGAACCUUUUUUAAAAAUAAAAAAUCAUUCCUUAAAGUGGUGGCUUAGAAUUGUUCAGCAUUUGAUUGUGCCAGAAAAUGCUAAUUUUAAAUUUUUAGCUGUUACGUUUUAAAGUAGGCAAACGGGCAUUGUCUCAAUCUUUUAAGGGGAAAAAAAUUCAUAAAAUCACCCAAAAGACCUGAAUAAGUAGUUAUUGUUUUCUCAACACAGUCCUAAGAAAGUUAAGGUUUCUCCUACUUCAACCUUUUCAUUCCAAUGCUAAAAAUACUGGCAGUUGCAUUUUAACACCAGUUGAUAACAUAUUGGCAGUCAUAUUUAACCAGCCAUUUCUAGGCUGCCAUAAUGCAUUUUCUCUUAGAAAAAUCGAGGAGAGGCUGCUCCAAGGUAUCUAGGCCGCACUCAGCUAGCGGUUUCCUAGGCUACGGCAGAAACCCGGAAGCAACGGUAAGCGGGCGUUAGAUGUGAAUCUCCGGGAGGGAGAAAACGCUGGCGGAGGGGGGGGGAUUAACUCCGUGGCUCUGCAUUGGCUGUUAGGUGGUCCGCUGACACCUAUGAUUGGCUAAUCAAGCCGCCGGAAGGAGGGGCGGGCUCAACGCAGGCGGGAAGAACGAUUUCGACCCUUAAGAGAGCGAAGGCGGCUGGAGCGCUGAGGUUCAGUGUCCUAAGAAAUAAACAAGAAUAUGGCAUCAUCAGCAUACACUAUUGGGGGUGUGAACAUUCUGUUCCCUUGCAAGGCAUACCCUUCACAGCUGGCUAUGAUGAAUGCAAUUGUCAAGGGGCUAAGCUCCAAGCAACACUGCCUCUUGGAGAGUCCAACUGGAAGUGGGAAAAGUUUGGCAUUGCUCUGCUCUGCUUUGUCCUGGCAGCAGUCCUUGUAUGAAAGGCCUCUUGACUCCUCAUGCUCAAAAGAAUGCAAGAAGCCAGAAGCCUUGAUGCCAUGCCGUUGUCGCUGCCAUGCUAGCCCUGCAACUCAGAGCCAGGGCAGUGCAGAAGGGGGCCAAGGCGUUUCUAAUUCCUUCACCAGCAGUGGAACAGGGACGCCCACAAACAGUGGAACUGCAUCAGGCCAUGAAGGCUGCACUUCCCAUCCUUCAGUUGGGAGGGACAUCUCAAAAGUCACCCUUUCUUCGAAGCUGUCUGCAAAGCGGCAAGCAACUUUGCAUGAAGGCGAAGAUGAAGAUUUUAAAGUAGAUAAGAAAAGGAUCCGUUCACUAGGAACGGAAGAGCAAGCAGCAAAACGACACCGACAGGACAAGGGGGUUCAUUUUGUUGAUGCCUUAGACGUUUAUCGGCAGAAGAAAACUGGAGGUUUAAUGGUGUCAUCUACAAAUGCUACCCCUUUCUCUCCCAAAGUGGUCCCGUCUCCCGGCCCCUGCAAUCAGUGUUCCUGUUCUGCAGCUGAGGAAAAAGCCAGAGAGGCUGCUGAUGCCAAGAAGACGGAAAAUGGAGGGAAACCGUGUGUCCCCAAAAUAUUUUUUGGAACUCGGACCCACAAGCAGAUCACUCAGAUCACGAGAGAAAUGCGGAGGACUGCCUAUUCCGGAGUCCGCAUGACCAUUCUUUCUAGUCGGGACCACACGUGUAUUCACCCAAAGGUUUCUGGUUGUGCCAGUAAGAAUGAAAAAUGUGUAGAGCUGCUGGAAGCGAAGAAUGGUGUAACUUGUUCUUACUUCCAUGGAGUCCAUAAGCUGAGCGAAUCUCACUUCUUGCCGUCUGCCCAUGAGAAGAACCAAGCUUGGGAUAUAGAAGAUCUGGUGCGCCUGGGAAAGAAAUUACGUGCCUGUCCAUAUUUUGCGGCUCGUUCUCUAAUGGCAGAGGCAGAGAUCGUAUUUUGCCCUUACAACUAUCUCUUGGACCCACAGAUAAGAGAGAGUAUGGAAAUCAAUCUGAAAGGUCAGGUGGUCAUUUUAGACGAAGCUCAUAACAUUGAGGACUGUGCGCGGGAGUCCGCCAGUUACAGCGUGACAGAGGCACAGCUCAUCCUGGCUCGAGAAGAGCUGGACACAAUGGUGAACAACAACAUCAGGCAGAAGGACCACGAGCCCUUGCGUGCCGUCUGCUACAGUCUGACAAACUGGUUACGAGAAACCUGUGAUCAGCUCGUAGAGAGAGGUUAUGAGACUGCUAAUAAAGUAUGGAAUGGAAGGCAGAUGGUGAUGUUCUUCCAUACGAUGGGAAUAACAGAUGCGACUUUUCCCAUCUUGCAGAAACAUCUUGCAGCUGUGCUUGAAAAGGAAGAAAAAGUAACACUUUUCCAUGGAGGAGAACAACUCGUUUCUGUUCCAGUGAUUAGUCCUCCAACUCAGAUUGUCCUUAAAGGCCUAUUCAUGGUCCUGCAGUAUCUUUUUAAAGAAAACCACAGGUUUGCUGAUGAUUACAGAGUCGCUCUGCAGCAAACAUACGCUUGGACCAAUGAAAAUCCAGUCGAUACUCCAGAUGAGAGAGGUUUCUUUGCCCGAUCUAAGAAAAGAGCGCGGCACAAAACGGCUGUCCAUACGCUGCACUUCUGGUGUUUGAAUCCCACUGUGGCCUUCUCCGACUUGAGUGGCCAUGUCAGAUCAAUUGUCUUGACUUCUGGAACGCUUUCCCCCAUGGACUCUUUUUCUUCUGAGCUUGGUGUAAAGUUUUCCAUUCAGCUUGAAGCCAACCAUGUCAUAAGGAAAUCACAGGUAUGGGUUGGUACUGUCGGAGCCGGCCCUAAAGGCAGGUCAUUAUGUGCGACCUUCCAGCACACAGAAACCUAUGAAUUCCAGGAUGAAGUGGGCGAGCUUUUGCUGUCAAUUUGUCAGACCAUCGGCCAAGGGGUGUUGUGCUUUUUGCCGUCUUACAAGAUGCUAGAUAAGCUGAAAGAUCGCUGGCUCCACACUGGCUUGUGGGAAAAGCUCGAGCUGAUUAAGACGGUCAUUGCAGAGCCCAAAGGAGGCGACAAGGCGGACUUUGAUGCCCUGCUGCAGAUCUACUACGACGCCAUCAAAUGUAAAGAAGGGAAAGAUGGCGCACUCCUUAUUGCUGUCUGCAGAGGAAAGGUUAGCGAAGGCUUGGAUUUCUCUGACGACAAUGCCCGGGCAGUUGUAACUAUAGGAAUUCCAUUUCCAAAUGUGAAGGACCUUCAGGUUGAACUGAAGAGGAAAUACAAUGACCAACACUCAAAAGCAAGAGGGCUUUUAUCAGGGAGCCAGUGGUAUGAAAUCCAGGCCUACAGGGCUCUCAACCAAGCCCUGGGCAGGUGCAUUCGCCACCGCAGUGAUUGGGGGGCACUGAUUUUAGUUGACGACCGCUUCAGAAGGAACCCAGAUAAAUACAUUGCUGGGUUAUCAAAAUGGAUUCGCCAGCAAAUCCAGCACCAUGAAAACUUUGAUCACGCCCUCGGUUCUUUGGAAACAUUUGCUAAGACAAACCAGAAUUGCAAUGGUUCCUCACCUCAGCGCUGUGACGGAUACAGAGCCACGGCUUCGAGCUCUUUUCUGGAGGGAACGUCUCUAAAUGCGUCAUCAGACAUUACUGUCCAAAGAGGACCCCAAGAAUCAACCCUGGAAACGCUGCCUCCCAAGGACAUCGUCGCAACGAACCCGUCAGUGCCAAAUCCGUUGCAUAAUAUAGCCAACAUGAAAGAAAAUUCUCGCCAACCUUCUCAGAUGAUAAAGCAGGAAAAUCUUGUGGACUCCAGACCCAAAAUGUCCAUUGCUGAAAACAAGAAGGAAAAAUCAAGUAGUCAGCCCACCUCUAGCAGUAGAAAAUGGUCUUUCAGUAACCCGUCAGCUUCAACACCUCUGACUGCAGUGAUGAAGGGAUACCCUUCUGAAACAAAAUUGCAGCCAAAGGGGCCAGUGGAUGAAACACGCCAGACUCUUCCAAACAGCUCCCUGCAGGACAUAUCGUUGGUGGAGGAAGACAAGCCAACUGGCCUGACGCCGACUGGGGAAACAAUCCACUCUCCUGAUCUUCCUGCUGGAAAAGUGAUCAUCUCUGUUGUUCAGGAACAUCCUACGGGACUGCCGUCCUGUUCUCACAAAGACAGUCGGAAUGUGACAUUUUCUCCGGUGAGAGGAAACGUUGAGCUUUCAACAUCAGAGGUAGCUACAGAAACAGAUGCCGGCGAUGACAGUAUCUAUUUCACACCUGAACUUUACGACGAUGUUGAGUCAGCAGAGCAGAAAAAUGAAUGGCAAGCUAGCAGUUGGAGUGAUGCGGAGACCUUAUUUGAAACAGCUACAUCUUUUCUUGAAGUAGAAACAGAAGACGGUGCCACUAGAACCGGGGCUCCCAGCCCGGUGGAUACAGCCAACAUUCAGAUGACCGCCAAAGCGAGUGGAGGGUGGCAGGACAUCCUCCCAAGCAGGGAGAGGAACAGAGAUGUUGUUAGUGCAGUUCAAGACAGAAGUAGCGUAGGUGAAGCCAAGCAGGAGGCAGAUAAAAAGAACAGCAGACUUUCGCGAUCACGAAACAAAGGGCUGAAAGUGCAAAGAAUCUCUAAACGAAGAACCAGGAAACCGUCUAGUAAGGGAGGUGACCCCAUUGAGCAACAGGAAAUGGCGAGAGUCUUCUAACUUGCAAGCCGGGACACUGUUGUAUUCUCUGUGGAGAAACAUGGCAUAAUGUAUCUGGU